AUGUCGGCGCUCUCGAUAUCCUCGGCCUCAUCGGCCGGAGAGUCCUCCAUCAGCCUCGGGGUGUACCCUAUGUCUCCGUGCCCUGAUGGUCCGUCCCCGCCUGUGACCCCGGCCCUCGACAUCAGACCGGCGGUGACACAAACCAGUGGCGACUCUGGGCAACACGUCGAACAACGCGCGCGGCAUAUGCUCCCCGCAGCCAUGGUGCCGCUUGGCCAACGCCGUGACUCGUCAUCGGGUGGCCGGCCACCACAGAAUAGCCCAGCUCCUCAAGUCGACGAGUACGUCGCCCACUCCGAAGGGGUGCGGCACAAGCCGGCCCCAAUGGGUGUGAGGGCUCGCGAUCAUCUGGUCGGUAUUCUGCUCCGCCACAGCGCGGGGCGUGCGUUCAUCCUGCCGCCCGAGUCCCUUCCAGGUUGGAGCAACUGGAUCCUGUCCAUCCUGCACUCACUCGGUAUCCCGAUAACGUCGUACGGGUCGGAGUGGGAAGAGGAGGAGAGACCUGAACGACUUCAGCCGAGCGAACCGCGCGAUAACCAGGACGACCGCGACGACCACAUCCCGCCCCCGGCGGCGUCGUCUAGCGCAGAUCUCGUCAUCCGGAAGAGAUACCCGCUCGUCCGGCGCACACAGUCCGCCCCUGGGCCGUACUCCGAUCGCUACCCAGCGGCGAAUUCCUUCCGAGUCUUCAGGCAUCAGUUCUCGCCGCGUCCGCAGCGCCGGCGCUUAGGUGACGAUUCUAACCGCUCUUUCUUCUCCGCCGGAUCAAGUAACCCGCCCGUCGUCCUCGGCACAAAUCCGACGCAGUGGCCCGUCACGCGCCCCGAGCCCUACCUCCUGCUCGGAGGCUGUGUCUCCUGGAAGCCGGAGGGAUUGCCCUUCGGCUGCUUCGUGGGCGUCGCCAAUACCGAAUUGGCUCUGCAGUACUCACCCUGGGGCGCGCAGCAGCGCAUGAUGCUGUGGUAUCACGUCCUCAAGAUGCGCCAGCAGCUCGUGGGGCAGUACGGCGAGUGGUUCCGAUACAGCCGCGGGUACUUCACUGCAGACGACAGCAUCCUUAGCUUCCGCUACGGAAGCGUGUGGCAGGAAGGGCCCCUGAAGCCGCCCCACAACGUGCCCGUGCACCACUGCGUGCAGCUCAGGCGUCCUGAGAUGGAGGCCGAGAUCUCUGGUGUGCUCACAGAGGAGCCAGAAGAGAUAGGAGAAGCCACGGAAGAACACCCCGAGCGCCAGAACCUUGGCAUGCCGGCUGCUUCUUCUUCCGCUCCUGAGCUGGGCCCCGUCCAGAACCUUACUCAGAAGAAUCUGUCUCGCGUUUCGCGCCGCCGCGAUGUCCCGCAGUGGAUCCACCACUACAUGUGGGACCAGGACGGGGUAUGGUUCUCGUGCGCUUCGCUCGAGGAGCUCGAGGUCUGGGGUCACACCUGUGUCACGGAGUGGAUCGAGGGGUGGGAACCAACUUCGCUCGACUACUCGUAA